CACCCACCCCUUACCCUUUUUGCCGCCCAAGGCGGAAUUCGUUAGCCACGGCAAAAAUACUUCCAGCAAAGAUGGCUGAUCAAGGUUCCCCUCAUGCACAAGCACCUCCCUCAGAGCCGGCGCAAACUCCGGCGACCCGGACGAUCAGAAAGCGGGCGAGACGAGCGUGUAUCGCGUGCCGAGCCCGCAAGGUCCGUUGUGAUCUUGACCGGCAAGGCACGCCCUGCACCAACUGCAAGCUAGACGCGGCCGAAUGCGUCGUGAAGCCGCGGGCGCGGAAGUGGAUACGAGCCCAGAAGCAAGCAGCAGCCCCCCUACUGCCAUCUCCAGAGCCCGUGGUCACCUCCGCACAGACACCAACCGAUCUGCUAUGGUCUUCCGAGCCAAAUAUCAACGACACCUGCGGCGAAGUCGACGAAGUCCCGGCCUAUGUGACAUGUCAGGACCUGCUCGGAGGCCUCAACGAAGGUCCCAAUUUAGACCUACAGGCACCCUGUCCAUUCCCGACAAUUGUGCACGAAGCAGACUUCAACUCUGGUCCUCCCGCAUCCAGUUCAGCACCAUCUCGACCAUUCCCGGCCACCAUCGGCGAUGCGUCCAUUCUUUCGGGCCACCCCUUCAUCGAGGUCGACUGUCUGUGGAGUCUCCCAGCCGCGGACCUGGCCUUCCUAAAACUACGCGGCUCCUUCCAGCUCCCGCCCCGACCGGCCCUGGACGAAUUUGUGGAGCAGUACUUUCUCCACGUCCAUCCAACCCUCCCUGUCGUGAACGAGUCGGACUUCUGGGACAAGUAUCUGGCCCCGGAUGACUUGUCGCCGGUGGGGAGACGAAUACCACUGUUUGUUUUCCAGGCUAUGCUUUUCAUAGCUUGCCCUUUCGUUGCCCUAUCGACCCUCCGCACGCUUGGGUUUUUGUCUGUUCGCGACGGGCGUUCAGAACUGUAUUCACGAGCAAAGGCCCUCUUCGACACGGAAUGCUACGGCAGUCACGUCGCCGGUGCGCAGGGCGCGCUGAUGCUGACCUACCAUGUGCCCACAAGCAACGACAAGAUCAACACUUACUGGCUAAUAACUGCCAUACACCUAGCCCAGACCGCCCGAGCCGACGAAUACGACAUGAUGGACGACGGCUGCGAGGACAAGGGCAUGCUGAAGCGGCUCUGGUGGUGCUGCAUUCUCCGCGACAGGAUCAUGGCGCUCGGCCUCCGACGCCGGCUGCACAUCCGCUCCACCGACUUCGACUUCACCCAGCCGGGUCUGGACGAAGGGGACUUCGACUCCGAGAUCAGGGGCUCCAAGGUCUACGACCCCGCCAGAAAGCAGGUUCUAGCGCAGCUCGCCGUCUCUCUGUGCGACCUGGCCGUGAUUCUCAGCGGAAUCCUGCCAAUUGUGUCCCCCGCUCGACGACGAGCUGCCAAAGCAAUCGAUGGGCUUGUCAAUCAGGAGAUGCUGGAAACGUAUGCGACGAGGUUGGAUCUGUGGUACUGGACCGCAGUGGGCAAGUUCCAGACGCCGGAGCAUAUCUUUGGCAUGGACGGCUCGAUCACGCUGUUUACCAACAUGAUCUACAUCUACUACCACACAGCCAAGGCGUCCCUCUGCAGCCACAUCAUUUUCACCUCCUUCACAGCCCCAAGCAUCCGGGAUAGCCAGGCCGAUGACCGCCUGCAAGCUCAAGCGGAGUUAGGCAAGUCGCUCCGCGGCAUUACCGACGGCCUGACGGAGCUGGCGCAGCUGGGUCUGGUACGAUAUCUGCCCAAUACCUUCGUGGCCUUCUCGGCCUUCGCCUUCGUCUGGCACAUCCUCGACGCCCAAGGCGCCCGCCGCGACCUGGGCAUCUACAAGGACGUGAUGUGCCUCUUUCGGAACCUGUACGAGAGCACGGACGGCAUGCUGAGCUGUAUCGGGCGGCUAGUGGACCACAUCCGAGGAGGAGGACUGGUUAUCACGGAGCGGCAGACGAAGACCCUGGGGAGGGACACAUGGGCCGAUUUGCUGGUCAUGAAACCAAGGUCGUAUCUACGGAUCGUACUCAUGGUAGACUUCUCCCUGUCCAUGGGACGGAUGCCUGUUGAGGCAGACUUCCCUGAGCAGUUGAGGGUGGCGUGA